AUGGACUGCUUGGAAGCUUACGGCUUGGACAGAGGCCGAGUCAAAUGUGCACAUUUAUUUGAUGAUUUUCACGAAUGUCAGACUAUGACCAAACAAUUUAAAAGAUUUAUGGCCAUGCGCAAGGAAAGGGACAGACAAAUUGCUGAAGGAAAACUAAAAGGAGAUGAAAAAUAUGUUAGCCCAAGAGUAGACAGUUAUUAA